UAUAGCGGAAAGUUUAGUAUUUUCAAGUCAAAUUAUGGAUAGUGCCUUAAAUCCACUUUGAAAACCUCUAUGUAAAAGUAUUUAUUAGGGAACAUCUAAAAACAUUUUUAAAUGAGUGUAUUACACAAAUUGUCGUUUGUAAACAAAUUUUGCGGCUCCCAUCAUUUCCCCGCCCCAAAUUCCUGCUCGUCUGUCUGUGAAGGGGCGAUAUUUCUCAAGGAAGCUGAGGGAAAGUAAAGCUGGAGUUAAAAUAGCACUUAUCCGCGAGGUUCGCGUUCGAUUCGGCUUGUUACUUUGUUGCAGCUAAACAAGUAUAAAGAAGAUACAUUGUAACAACUCACCGAAGAGCGCGCUCACAGAGUAACCGCUCCGAGAACACUGGCGACGAGACGCACAACUUAUUAUCAACUUUCCGCUGACAGAGAGGAAUUCACUCUAAAUCGCGACUUGUCGAGGCAUUUGACGGAUACAUUAUCGUGUAAAACGAUAUAUUGUCGUUGCCGGCGCCGUUGAAGAUACAGUACUUGACCAGAUAAUACAGACGCAGAUCGAGGCAUGGAAAUAAUGGAAAGUGGUGAGCCGUUUUUACAGUGGGACAGAAAUCUCAGUGAAUUGUCAGACACCGGGGAUAACGACAACAUGUUAUACAGCACUGCUACUUACUACAGCAGGACUAUUGAAGCCACACUACUGCAUUUGAGCCCAAGGACUACAUCCAGUCAACACUUCACUGAGCUCCUGGAUGAUCUGUCUCAAGAGGCUUUGUUGGGGCAGUUGUUAAGCGACCCGUUCCUGUCCGGGCGUGGUGAUGCUAUGGACACAGAGGAGGAACUGACCCCUGCCUCUCCAGUGCCGCCACUCAUCCAGGCCGAGCACAGUUACUCGCUGUGUGGAGACUCACGUCCGCAGUCGCCACUCUCCCAUCUACCCGGAGAACCUGGCAGUGAUGCUGGUGAUUCGGACAAUGAUGAUUGGCCCAUGGAGCAGGAAGAUAGGGGGCUUAAGAUGGAGCCUCUCCUGGGUGGCCCGCCCACCCUGCUGCCCACACUGACCCUCACAAUGACACCCGAGGGCCCAGCAUCUGAGCCUGUGACUACAGCGAGUGACCCCACCCUCUCGAUGACCCUUCCUCACACUGCACAGAUUAAACCACCCAAUGUAAAGAAGGACAGUGAGUGUUUCAGCCCUCAGAUUAAGCUGGAGCCACAUGAGGUUGAUCAGUUCUUAAACAUCUCACCUAAAGGGCUGGAGUCUCUGCAGAUGCCGCCCACUCCUCCCAGCUCUCAUGGCAGCGACUCGGAGGGAAGCCAGAGCCCUGUCCACCCCUGUGCCCCCGCAAGCCCAACACAAACCCCUGCUGUCCUCAAGGUGGCGCCAAGAGUCUCAUCUUCUCUCUCAAACUCUCCUCUGCUGACAGCACCACAUAAACUGCAAGGUUCAGGUCCUCUCCUGCUCACUGAGGAGGAGAAACGCACACUGAUUGCUGAAGGAUACCCAGUUCCUACUAAACUGCCCCUGUCCAAAGCUGAGGAGAAAGCCCUCAAGAAGAUUCGCAGAAAGAUCAAGAAUAAGAUUUCAGCACAGGAGAGCCGCCGGAAAAAGAAGGAGUACAUGGAUGCUCUAGAAAAGAAGGUGGAGACAUGCUCCAGUGAGAACAAUGAGCUGCGCAGGAAAGUCGAAACUCUUGAGUGCACCAACAAGUCUCUGUUGCAGCAGCUGCACUCACUGCAGGCAGUAGUGGCAGGAAAGGUCCCGCGUUCCUGCAGGGUGACGGGCACACAGACCUCAACAUGCCUCAUGGUAGUGGUCCUGUGUUUCUCUGUGUUCUUGGGGAGUUUCUACCAAGGUUUGAGCCCCUGUUCAUCUGUCACUAAAACAGGCCUGACCAGAGAGAUUUCCAUACAAGAGUCCUACACCGCUACAGUGAAAUCUCGGAACCUGUUGGCCUUUGAGGAGCGUGGUGGUCUGGAUGACCCCCAUUUCAUCGGGCUGGGUGGAGAAUAUCCUGAAUGGGACCAGCAGGUCGACGUCAUGGCAGCCUGGCGUUUGGAACAACAACACAAACAGGAACAGGCGGAGUCACAUGAAGCAGAGCCACGCCCACUUUUAAUGAACACCAAUGAAACACAUGCGCAAAAGUCUAUUCUUCUAGACCUGCACUCACACAGGUCAGAUAAAUGGUCAAACGAAACAGCAAAAGUGAUAGAGUUGGAGAGGACCGUCAAUGAGACGUCCUGAAAUCUGGCUGGUCCUCGUCCCCAAUCUCCUCUCUCCCUUUCCCCUGCAGUGGCGGGGCGAUGGGCUCUGUAUUUAUAGAUAUACUUUAAGUAUUGUUUUACUUAAUUUGGAUGUCUUUUUUUUUUUUUUUUUUUUAAAGAUAAAUACAAAAAAACAGUAUAUCAGAUUUUGAUACUUUAUUUUCUCCUUUUUAUAUGCUUUGAGUUUAUUUUAAUGCUAUUAAUUUGUUUUCUUUCUUCUUUUUUUGCCUAUUAGCCCCAUGCUACUGAGAAUGUGUAAUAAUAUAUUGAAAUUGCAUCUAUUUUCAUAUUUACACAAUGAUGUGGGGCUGUAGUGCUGGUAUAAUGGUAUCAUGUAGCAUGUCUAUCGAAGAGGAUCUUCAAAAUGUCUUUCUCUUCAGGUAUCCAAAGAUUCUUCAAAAUAAUGUAAAUAUUCAGACUAUAUUAACAAAUUGAACAAAAGAAUAGGCUAAAAGCCCCACGUAUAAAAAAGGCGUUUACAUUUGGAAGGUGGCAACUUUCCAAAGCAUUUAAAAACGGUUCCUCUGAAUAUGUAGUCUCACUUUUGUAAUUUGUAAAUAUUUGCUGUAUCCUCUAUUGUAACGUGGUGGAGAGUUGCUGGGAGAGAUAUGAGUUAAUGAGCUUUAUAUCAAUGGAGAUGUUUUUCAUAGAGGGCAAUAAAUAGGGACAAUAUGGACGACAUGAAAAGGAUGGGCGCUUUCCAGCCCUUGAAUACGCGCUCCAUAGUCCUUCAUAUGACGUUGUCCUCUUUUAUUUGGUAUAAGGUCUUAACAGGACAGAUGGCUCUUUUUGUCCUCAGCUGGCCACCAUCCAAACCCUGUCUGCGCUCUUCUAGGGUAAAGGAUGCUCCCUGACAAGUCUAGUGUUCUCUUGGCCAGAUAUGAAUAGUUAUGACAGCCAUAGCACUGGACCGACGAGCAUCUGGGCGUGUGGUGAACUUACUUGCACUGUGUCCCCAUAGAAUUGAUCUGUUAUUUAUUAUUUUUAGCAUGCCUGCAACCCUUUUAUAUCCUGGAAACAAGUGCAUUUUAAAGGAGAUGGUUUUGCCCUGAUGUGAUGUAUUCAGAUGUUUGAAUUGUGUUGGAAAAUUGUUUGCAUAUGACUGUUCAUGACCAUUUCUUCUGUAUUUGUUGUGGCAUAGUAUAUGAGUGAUUUAUGAAUCAUCUCACUCUUCAAAGAUACCUGCAGUAUGUCUUAAUAUUAUUACAGUUACGGCUGUAAUCACUUUUCAUUGCAUUUCGGGCUCUGAAAAAUGACCCUCCUGCAAUUAACCUGCCUUGUUUUUGUCCUGCUUUUUUGCAAAGCAAAUAAAUAUUUUCCUUAGUAAAAGCAUUAUAAA